AUGGCCGAUCUCGAGUACCCCCCAAUGGCACCUAGCUAUCAAAGCGCCCAUUCAAACAGCAAACUAGGCUGGGGAUCACGCCCCGCGUUAAUGCUAAUCGAUGUAUGUCGCGCAUACUGGUCCGACGCAUCCCCCCUCAAUCUGCUAGGAAACCCCGAAGCCGCAGCAUCGCCCGAUUCCAUGCGUCGGCUUCUCUCAGCGGCGCGCGCCAGCAACACGCCCGUGCUAUGGGCGCAGGUGAAGUAUAACAAAGGCAGCAUGCUGGACGGGGGCAUGCAGUACAAGAAAUCGGCCGGGUGUAACAUCUGGCAAGAAGGCGACACGCGGGGAAUGGAUGCGUGGCUGCCGGGGCUGGAAGCGGCGGCGGAGGAUAGUGUGGUGUAUAAGAAGAAUCCGAGUGCGUUUUUUGCUACGACGCUGAGCGCUGAGCUGCAGAUGCUUGGUGUCGAUACGCUGGUUCUGUGUGGGGUUAGUACGAGUGGAUGUGUUAGGGCGACGGCGCUGGAUGCUGUGUGUCAUGGGUUUAGACCGAUGGUGGUUGGAUCUGCCAGUGGUGAUCGAUCUCCCGCCAUUCAAAACGCGACGUUGCGUGACUUGGACGCAAAUUACGCGGAUGUGGUAUCAGAAGAGGAAGCGAUCUCGAAACUACUAGCAGGAUGGUCUUGA